GGACGGCGGGGCGGGGACGGGCUGCGUCACCUCGGGGAGCUGGGCCGGCCGGGGGCUGAUGGUUGCCCGAAGCCGGGAAGCGCUUCUGCUUCCCGCGGCGCUCGGGCAGCAUACGGCUCCCGCUUUGGUCUCGGGUUGGAAAGGUGGAAGGGACCGCGGAGCGCUGCUGAGCUCCGUGCCCGUGGGGGAGGCACUGAUUGGCGGCGGCGGGUUGACCCUGGCUGGGCAGAGCCCGGCGAUAGCCUCAAGGAGAUAACCGCGAGGCAGCUGUUUUUUUCCGCAAGUUUCGCUGAGAAGAAGCGGAGGACGUCCUGAACCUUCUAGAGAGCUGGAACCUCGCAGCACUCGGUUUCAUUAAAUCACAUUUUCCUCUGGGAACCCCAGAAGCUGAACAAACUCAGAGCUGUUCCUUGCCCUGUAUGAGGGCAACUGACGAGUUCUAGUUUGGUCAGGACUGUGAAAAUUGUUUUUCACCACUCAUUUGCAUCCAGAUUUGCUCAACACCUGCAAUCCCUGGAAUAACGUGAGGGCACUACACGGAUGCUUUGUGCUCCUCUCCCACCCCAGCCAGAGGGCUGCAGGAAAGGCAGUGCAGGGGUUAGCUGGCCCACUGCUCCCUCCUGUCCCCAUGAGCAAUCUGUUAGCUGCUGGAAGACUGAGGGAGCCCCACAGCUGCACAGUGCUCUGCCUAGCACUGCCCCCAUGCUCUCCCAUGAGAGAACAGCUGGGAGGAGAACUGCUCAGGGUGGCAAAAUGCCAGGUCCCCUUCACAGCUCUGUCCCACUUCAGAGCUUGCAGUGGCUGUUGUGUUUUGUUUCGAUUUAGCAGAUCAUUUCACCAUAAAAUAGGUGGAAUAUAGGUUGGAAUUGUGUCUUACCUUAGGUUGGAAUGUAUCUUACAGUGCAUCCAGUCCCAACCCCUGGCCAUGGGCUGGCUGCUCCCCAGCAGCUCAGGCUGCCCAGGGCCCCUCCACAGCCUCAGGAACCUCCAAGGAUGGGCAGCCUGUGCCACAGCCUCACCAUCUGCUCAGUAAAUUUCAUGUACAUUCAUUUCCAGGCUCUUUUCAAUCCUGUCCAGUGGCAGAACAAGGGGCAAUGGGCACUAACUGGGCAUAGGAAGUUCCACACAAACAUAAGGAAAAAUUUCUUUGCUUUGAGGAUGACAGAGCACUGGAACAGGCUGCCCAGAGAAGCUGUGGAGUCUCCUUAUAGAUUAUAAAGAAGAAACAGCUGUACUGAUAUUUUACUUUCAGUUAGGAGGAGGUUGAGCUGUUCAGUAUAGCUGACAGGGGAAGCAAUUGGAUGAAAUCUUACCUGGCUUAGGAAGUCCAUAUUUUUUUUAGGAUAAUGGUUUGCCCAGUGAGAGAUUUCUUGAGGCCAGCCUGGUAACUUCUGUUUUCUGUAGCUGCAAAGGAUUGUUCUGAAUCUUCACCUUUGGCUUCUUCACUCUGCUCCUCACUAGCACUGCAGAAAUCAAAAAGAUGUGGAGGGGAUAUUAUUGAAAAGUUUUGCUUUCUCCUUCACUUGAAUUUCAGCUUCUUGAAUCAGGAGCAGUAUGGUCUGGAAAUCACCAACAAUGGUCCCAUCACAACAGGAGCUCAAGCUACUCUUCACGCCAUUCUGAGGAUGAAGAACGACAGCACUGUAUCAAACUUGUAUCACUUUAACUGGAUUUAUGCUCCUCUGAUCCUGAUAGAGAAAUCCGAGCAGCGGUUGCACUCCGUAAUUAAUGUGACUGGUGAAUUUCCUGGGGCUUUUCCCGUAUCUGUCUGGGUGACUCACAGAAACUGCUGGUUAUGUCGGCCAGUUGCUAGGAACGUCACCAUGCUUCAGAUCACAGAAUUUGUCACGGGGAAUCUUACCAUUGCCCAGAUAGAAGACAGCAGAUUCAUCAAGCAUGGCUCCAGCUCUUCUAUGGGUGCUGUGACACGGAUUUCUUUCUGUCUUCAUGAUCCAAGUGAUUACUUCAAGUCAGCUUCAUUUGUCUACAACUGGGACUUUGGAGAUGGAGUUUAUCAGAUUACCAAGGAGCCCUUUGUCUACUGCAACUGCUCCACCACGGGGAAUCGCACAGUGCAUCUCAAAGUCGUAGCAGAAUGGGAGCAAAUUGGAAGCAUCAUACAUGAAACAGAAACUGUGCAGAAAACUGGUGAUUUUACCACUGCUUUGGAGCUGCUAGAUGCUGUUAAAAGCAUUCACGUAGUGGGCUCCAGAGAGACUCACGUCAUGGAGAACUUGAGUUUAUCUCUUCACAUCAACGGCACCCCCCCGCUGGCAUUAUGCUGGCUUAUAAAGUCCGAGUGCAUUCCAUUAGAAGGCGAGAAGUGCCAUCUGGUGGCGAUCGCCGGCUCCUGCUACAACCUCAGCCAUACCUUCAGCGACGCCGGGCAGUACUGCCUCAGCGUCCGGGUGCAGAGCGGCGUGACGAUGCUGCAGACCUACCAUGAAAUAAAAGUGCGGCCAGCAGGAAUCCAGCCAGCCUUCUUUGUCCUGCUGUGCCUCGCCCUGGUUUCAGUGAUGGUAGGACUGGUGCUGUACACGACCUUUCGAAGUAACACACAACAGAAAGACCUUGUGGAGGUAGCUGACUUUGACUUUUCUCCGCUGUCCGAUAAAAGCCUGUCUUCUCAUUCAGAGUCAGGCUGUGGCCAAGUAUGUUGCAGAUCAUGUUUUCUUCAGUCAUCUCAAGAAGCUGACAGGGAGAGUCAUGAAUUUCUACUUUCUUUCUACAAGCCAGUCAAAAUGUACACGGUGUGAAGAACACAACUGCACUUUGGUUACACUGACUCCAAGUUUAACUUUCUCACCUGUGAUGAGUUACAAGCCCAGUGCUGCAUGAAUGGUUUCUUUUUGCCAAUGCUAUGAGGUAAACCACUUCACCAAGUCCAGCACUUGAGUGUUUCAUUAUAUAAUCCAAAAAAGAAGGAGCCUGAAACACAACAGAAGUAAUUUUGUAUUUUAAAAUUAUACGGAUGUAUACAUUUACAGCUGUGAAAGCAGCAUUUUAUUCUUAUGAAAGAUUAUUUUAUUUGCUCAACUCACUACCUCUUGUAAUUUCUCUGUUCCUUCUGCUGUAUGUUUCAAAAAAGAAAA